AUGUUUGUUAGACUCUUUGUUCUGUUUUGUGCGCUCGCACUUGGCACACUCGCCGAUAGACAUCACUUCUGCUGGUGCAACAGCGAGCAAGUACCGGACCACGACCUCUGCUUAACGCAAGCCGCUUGCAAUUAUUAUCCGCAAGACAAGUUCUUCGGCGUGCACUACGGCGACCCGAAUGCGCCAACAAUUUCCAAGAUGAACUUCAAGAAGCAAGAGUGCUAUGGCACGCGCGCGUGGCCCAUCAUCCCGCACCCUUUCCUCGGAGGCAACGAAUUUGAUGAUGCGUGUUACGCUGCCGCGGCGGAUCCCGCCGUCGUCAAUGCAUACCCCCACAUCACCAAAACGGCCAAGAAGCGGCUGGACGCGGAUUCUCACUCAGGACGGGAAAUACCUAGGUCACAAUGCGCCCUGACGCGACGCGUCUUGAUCAUCAACAAGUAUUUCAGCACUGGCAAUAUCGGGAAAAAGCGCGGUCUUGAUAAAAUCAAAGGUGAAAACGAGCCCUCCGAAUGGAGUUGGAAGGAGGCAGACAAUUACAUUGAACGGAAUCGCGACCAACUUGCAAUCGAACAACGAAGGGACAUUCGCAUGUACUACGUUAUCUACGCCGGGAAAACAUGCGGCAUUUUUAAGAACUGGGCGGGCCCUGGUGGUGCUCAAGAGCAGACGGGAGGAAGAGUGCGAAGCAUUUCAGCGUCAACCUGGGAGAUAGCCGCGAGCCCAAUCUUCUGCCCUUACAACUACGACUAA